CAAAAUUUGGAAAAGGUCAAGGGGUCUAAAUAUUUUCCGAAGGCAGGGUAAUGGAUGAGGAGAGGAGAAAGGAACAAUAAGACCUAAGCACAAGGACCUAAUAACCAAUAUUCUGGCAUUUGAGCAAAAAGUGAAAUGGGAGCAGAACUAAUCUUUAGAGCUGGACUGGACUCGGUACAUGGCCAGGUUCUCAGACCAGUGGGCCCAGCAGGAGAGGGUCUGAAAGAGGGAGCGGGGAGAGAUGACGAGGAAGAUCUACUGCUCAGUGCUCACCACCAGAGAUAUCCAGGAUACUCAUGAGAAAGUGUAGAAAGAGAAAGCUGAGAUGUGGGUAAGAGCUGUAAGGAUGCAGAAGAAGCGUUCCUCCUUAAGCGCGCCUCCAAGCAGACCAAGGCUGAGAACGCAAGGGCAGAGACGGAGAAAGCUUAAAAUUAUCAAUACUUGCCCACUCCCCCUUGAGGACACAUAAUUGCAUAUACCUGUAGCAUACAAAUUGCCACUUGCAUUGAUGAACAGGAGUGGUUAUGGUUAUGAAUGGGAUCAUGAAUGGUCACUUCUGGUGUUUUUCCCAAUUUUGGGGAUACAGUCAGAAAACCAGUUUGUCAUUAUCCAUCUCACCAGCACUAACGGAAAAAACAUCAUUUCCCAUGAAUCCUCAAAGACAGAUGGGGGGACGUACUGUUGAAACGCAAGCUCGAGCAGCCAAUUCCUGUCCAGUGGCCAUAUUGAAAUCUCAAAUCUAUUAGGACUCUAAAGGUACUGGGUGGCUGUCUAACUGGAAGUCUUUAAAAUAUCGUAUUUUUAUAACAGAGGGAUUUGAGCCAGACAUUCCACCUGAGACUCUGCCUGUACUGGACGGCAAGUUGUCUCUGACUUUUGUUGGAAAAUGAGUCCAACCGAUGCUAAAAGAGGAGCUAAACGCAGAAAGAACAAGCGGGGCGGUGGCAGCAGUAGCACUGUCUGCAGUACCAGUGGCAAGGCCGGGGUUUCAGCCACGGCCCUGAGUCCUCAAGCCACGGCAACACCCGUGUCUGCCAUGGGCUUUUUGACACCAGGGAGCUCUGGAAAUGGGCACAUGGUCUCUAUAACAGGCCUGAAUGGAGAGGUCCCUAUGAACGGUAACGUUACACCACAAUUUUCGGAGGGGCCGGUGAAUUCCGACUUCUCUGGAGUCCUUCAGACCCCGUUCACAUUUGGCCUGAGCCAGAGGGCCCCAUACUCCACUACCGGUGACCGCUGCCUCCUGUGCCGGAGUGAGCGCAAGCCAGACAGCACCCUCUAUCCUGACACGGGGCUCCCCGGGGCGGGGCAGAAUGGUAUGGCGCAGUCCCCCAAGUCCCCCAGCGCACUGCAUCUUCCCCUGUGGGUGUGCUCUGACUGCCGGCGCACGGUAGAGAAGGAGGACCGCCACUCCUCCCUGGAGCAGUCGCUGGUGAGCCAAGACUUCCUGUUACAAAUGCCUGUGGGUAAUGGAGGCUUGGGCCAAGAGCUGCCCACCACAGGGGGCAGACUGACCAAUGGUGGCACACCCCCAACCCUCCCCACUCUCCCCAUCCCAGACCUCACCACCCCUAUGACCGCUGACACCGUGUGCAGUUGUGAGGCCUGCAACGAGAGACGGGAGAUUUCAGCUGAGUCAGAGCGCGAGUCCCAGCUGCUGCAGAACCAUUGGUCGGAGGUACGCUACCUAGUGCGGUGCAUCUACCGCCAGACAGGCACGCCGCUGGCCGACGACAACGACCAUCCCCUGGACCGCGACAAGGAGGGCAUGAAGGAGCUGGUGGACAGGCUGUGCGAGAAGGACCCGUAUCAGCUCUACCAGAGGCUGGAGCAGCAGGCCCGCGAGUACGUCCUAGAAAUGAAGGUGUGCCUGCUCAAGCACCUGUCGACCGGCUCCAAGGCUGCGGCGGCCGCCGCCCAGGGCCCCCCACAGGCCCACCAGUUCGUCUCGCUGCUCCUGGAGGAGUACAGCGCCCUCUGCCAGGCUGCGCGCACCAUCAGCAGCUUCCUCCUCACCCUGGAGAACGAACACUUACAAAAGUUCCAGGUGACGUGGGAGCUGCACAACAAGCACCUUUUUGAGAACCUGGUGUUCUCUGAGCCCAUCCUGCACAGCAGUUUACCUGCACUGGUUGCACAGCUGAGGCACGGCACGGCCUCCCACGACUCGUACAACGAGGACAUGUACAGGACCCUGCUGGAGCGCUACCAGCAGCUGGAGCAGGAGAUGGCCGCCGUGGCGGCCGAGUGGCAGGAGUGUGAGAAGAGGAUUGACGACUACGUCGACGAACAGCUGCUUUUUAAGGUGGAGGGCCAGAAUCUCACAAAUCAACGGACAGAACCACAUAAGUCCUUAAUUAGCAAAAAUACUUUGAAAACAAAACAACGGAUGCUGAAGGAAGACUGGGAGUUCUUUAAGCAGAGGAGGUUUAUAGAAGAACAGUUAACCAACAGUAAGAAGUCUUUAGCUGGUGACAGUAACUUUACAGACACGAUGAGAAUGCUCUCCUCUCGUCUCAGCAUUCCAGACUGUCCAAAUUGCAAUUAUCGAAGAAGAUGCACCUGCGACGACUGCAGCCUCUCCCACAUCCUGACGUGCGGCAUCAUGGACUCGCCCAUUGCCGAGGACCUCCACAUCAAGCUGCCGCUUCAGGCCACGGAGCCCCCACAGCACCGUGACUACCUGGCUGAGGUGCACACCCCCAGCCUCUCCUCCGGGGGCAGCUCAGCCUCCGCUUCGGCCUCCAGCUCGCCCAUCACCAUACAGCAGCACUCGCGCCUCAUCCUGCCAGAAGGGGUCGCCACCACCUUUGACGACAAUGAAGUGCCUCCACUGUUGGGCAAGUUUGCGGACAUCUACCCCAUGGGCGGCUAUGAGGACCCAGGGGUGGUGGCCGACAUGAACGGCCUGCACAGCGAGCUCAACGGUGGCGGGGAGAACAUGGCGCUCAAAGAUGAGUCUCCUGGAGGGAGCAGCAGUAGUUCGUCGGAGGGCGACGAGGAGGAGGCUGACGAGGAGAGCUGCGGGGAGCCUCCGGGCCAGCGGAGGGAGCAUUCCCCAGGGAAGAGCAACAGCCCUCCGCCCUACUACCAACAGCAACAGGUGGAACAGCACGCCUGUGAGUGCCACGUGUGCAACCAGGACCUGUCCUCCUCCCUCCCCCCCCUUGGCCCAGCUCCCCCCCUCUCCCCCCGCCGGAUCCACACUCCCCCCUCCGGCCACCACCAUCAGUUCUUUACUGAGGGCAACAACCAGACCCCCAGCCAUUCAGCCCUCCACCUCUACCCCCACAUCCACGGCCACCUACCCCUGCAUAACCUCUCCCACCUGCCCCGGCCCCUGCUGCACCCCACACUCUACCCCAGCCCCCCCCUUUCACACAGCAAGCCUCUCCCCCCUUCCCCCACAUCGAGCCACACAGGGCCCAAGCAGCAGGCCUUCAGCCCCUCCCUACCGGACCACGUCUACCAGAACUGCUUUGGCGGCGGCGUUGGCGACUGGAACAGCUCGCUGCAGUGCCUCUCGCUCAAGUUCGAGAACAUCUGCGACGCUGCCAUGAUGAAGAAUUGGAACCCAUCAGUGCUGCUGCAGGAGCCCCUGCCAGGGGACAUGCUUGGAUCACCCCACCACCCCGGCGUGCCCCUCAUCACCUCCCCCCCCCCCCCCUCGCCGUCGGAGCAGCAACAGCCCCUGCCCAGGGAGAGGAAGAACACCGCCAAGAAGAAGUGUCUCUACAAUUUCCAAGAUGCCUUCCUGGAGGCCAACAAAGUGGUGAUGGCCACCUCUGCCUCCACCGCCUCAGUCUCCUGCACGGCAACCACUGUCCAGUCAAGUGACGUAUUUCACAAUAUAGGUAAAGAGGACCAUAGGCAACAACCUGGCCCCAUCGCCCCUAGGAACAGCCCCACGGGCCUGCCCUCCCUCCCUCCCCUCUCGUCUGGCCCAGCCCUGCCACCUGGCCCUGGCAGCACCGCCCAGCACCACUACCCCAGCAUAGGCUCGCAGUCCUUCCUAACGACAGCCACCCCAGCCCCAGGCUUCAUGGAGGCCCACCACCAGGGCUUGUGCCUGUCCCCAGCCGAGCCGCCUGCCGCUGCCCCAGCCGACGGGGCCAUCAGCGCCCCGCCCAGCGUGUGCAGUGACCCUGAGUGUGAGGGCCACCGAUGCGAGGGAAACGGGGCGUACGACCACCAGGGCUACGACGGAGAGGAGAGCCAGGACGAGGACAGCUGCUCGGAGCACAGCUCCUCCACCUCCACCUCCACCAACCAGAAGGAAGGGAAGUACUGCGACUGCUGCUACUGCGAGUUCUUUGGCCACGGCGGGCCCCCGGCGGCGCCCACCAGCCGCAACUACGCGGAAAUGCGCGAGAAGCUGCGCCUACGUCUGACCAAGCGGAAGGAGGAGCAGCCCAAGAGGGAGGAGCAGCCAGCCGUGGUGGAGCGUGACAGCGCCGCCGACGGGGUGGAGGACCCCCGGCGGGUGGAGGACCCCCGGCGGGUGGAGGACCCCCGGCGGGUGGAGGACCCCCGGCGGGUGGAGGACCACCGGCUGGUGGAGGACCUGCUGCAGUUUAUCAACAGCGCCAGCGACAACAGGCCCGCCUCCAGCUCCAAGGCCGCCAAGCGGGCCCGCCACAAACAGAAGAAGAUGGAGGAGAAGGUGCGUCUGGAGGCGGAGGUCCGCAAGCAGCAGGAGCGGCGGCGUCGGGAGGAGGAGGAGGCCCUCCAACGGGAACUCCUCCGGCUGCAAGACUUACAGCACCUCCGCGCCGCCAAGAAGAAAAAGAAGGCCAAGGAGCUCGCCACCCCGCUCCCUGCCCCCGUACCUCAGAACAACCCCCAGCCCCUCAAACAGACGGCCCAGAACGUCCUGGAGAACCUCCGCAACGGCAAGAGCCAGCUCCUGCACAGCCUCAUGCGCCUCCCUGGCCACAAGGAUCCUCGAGUGGAGCACCGACCCCAGCCCCGGCCCCAGCCUCCCCCCUCACAGCACAGCCCAAAGAGCAGCAGGGAGAAAGCCCCUACUCCGGCCCUUUUCACCCAAAAUGCCCCCAACUCCCCAGCCCCCUUCCUUCUCAACGGCUCCUCUGCUGCACGCCAACCGACAGAGGCCAAUGGCAAAGCCAAGCCAAAACAGCAGCAGCCAAUCGGGCAAUCCGCCAGCGAGACAACGAUGGUCAAGAAAACACCAGAGGCGACCACCACCAACGGUACACCACAACAACCACCAGACGUCAAAGUGACCCGACCCAGGCCUCCCGCAGAAGAUCCAGUCGCCCCUCUGGCACCGGGACCCAGGAAGGAGGAGAGGAGCAACGGGAAAAGGCAGCACCAUCAGCAGUCGGCGAGCCAGGCGAAAGAGGAGAGGAGCGGACCCUUGAUGGAGCCCUCCCCACCCCCUGCCUCGCAGACGGAGCAGCCCCAGAUGAACGGCAAACCCCUCAGUUCAGAAUCCCCCCAGCCCAAGGCCAAGUCCAAGAAGAACAAGAAAAAGAAGGCUGACAAGAUGAACAACUCAAUAGAUGACGUUUUCCUGCCCAAAGACAUUGAUCUGGACAGUACUGACAUGGACGAGACUGAGAGGGAGGUGGAGUAUUUCAAAAGGUUCUGCUUGGAUUCCGCCAGGCAGACCCGACAACGGCUGUCCAUCAACUGGUCCAACUUUAGCUUGAAGAAAGCAACGUUCGCCGCCCACUGAUUGGACCUCCCGUAGGGCAAAGAAAAAGAGACUGUGGCAGGAAGCAAUCAGCCCCCCCAAUGCAAACUGCUAUCACGGACCCCGUCAUCACCUAGCCCUGCUGUGCCCACCCACGCUGCCUUGUUCCUUGUGUCUGUGCGGUUCUACCAUGAACCCAUCCUCUGGUCUGAUCCUCAAGCAUAACUCUUGAGAGAGAAUUUUAUUUUAUUUUUUUCAAUUAAAUGACACAAGAAAAAUUACAAAAUGCUACUCUCUACCUGGUUUUGUUUUUAUUGCUUGUUUGUGUGCUUUUAGUCUGAGGGGCAUUUCUCUUGACUUAAAGCCAUGUUCUGAAAUUCAUUUUCUCUUUUUUUUUGUUGUUGCUGAUUCGUAGUCAAAAGAUGCUUACUAUGUAUGCCUUCUGAAAACAGACACACAUGGAAAAAAUUUGGAGAAAAAGAGAUAUAUCUAAUGAAGUAAAGCCUUUCAUUCAGUUACUGUGGCUUACUAUCCCCUUGUUACCCACGAUUCCUAGCACGGCAUCUCAUUCAGUUAACUGACAAGGGAAUGGGCAUGGUCUGCCGCACUCUCCCCUCUGCCCCAACAACCUUCACUUCACUGAGAGGAACUUGGCUUAAUACUUGACAAUGUUCUUUUUUUUUUCAGUUCCAUUUAACAAAACCGGUAAGUAAAAGUGUACCAGUUAGUUUUUUUUUUCCCUUCUAUUUUUGACUUGUAUCCAGCUUGUAUCACAAUACUUUCAGAAUGAAAUUGAAGAAAAGAACAAUGCACACUAUCAAUCUGUUAUAGAGUGUAUAUUGUAUUAACACUGAAGCCAAACUGGCUACCUUUUAACAUAUUGUUAAGUAAUAUUAAAAUCUUAUCUUUCUUUUUUGAAAGAUGGAAUACAGUAGUAUGGCA